UUUUGUACGAGGGACUUCUUAGAUUGCCAAAUACUGUCGUUUUCUUAGAUUUCUGUCGUUUUACUUUUUGAGAUUGAUGAGAUCAGAAGUACUAUGGGGUUUAAGAAGAAGAAGAAGACGACAUGCUCAUCGAGCCAGAGGGAAAAUGGGGUUUAAGAAGAAGAAGAAGAAGAAAGUGAUCAAAGCUCUCAUCUUUCUGAUCCAAAGCUCUGUUCAUGGAGAAGCAGAGAGCCUUAGAGACCAAGCUUGUUCGGCUUGUUCACCGAAUAUCUUCCAUGAAAGAUGUUGAACAGGUGCAAGCUUUCAUCGCCAAAACAGGUCAAGUCAAUUACUCUCCAUUGAUCGCCAAGCUCAUCUCCCUGACUUCCGUGUCGUCGUGGGGCUGUCUCGCUCAUGCUCAGUCGCUGUUCGAAGAAACCACCAUGAAUGAUCCAUUCGUAUGUAAUACCAUGAUUAGAGCUUACUCCAGAAGCGUUUUUCCAAUUAGAGCUUUGUGUAUUUAUAAUCGUAUGCAAAAACUGAAUCUUGGGUCGGAUAAUUUCACCUUUAAUUUUGCUCUCAGGGCUUGCUCGAGAACACUGAAAUGGUUCGAAGAAGAUUGUGGUUUUGAGAUCGUUCGAAAGGGAACUGAAAUUCACUGCCGGGUUUUGAAAUUGGGGUUUGAUCGUUAUUCAAAUGUUUUGAAUUCUUUGGUUUUUGCUUAUUCGCAAUGUGGGCACGUGGGUGUUGCACGCCAGGUGUUUGAUGAAAUGACUGACAGAAGUGUUGCUUCUUGGAACAUCAUGAUAUCGGCUUAUGAUCAACUCAAUGAUUUCAACUCGGCGGAUUACCUGUUUGCUUUAAUGCCUCAGAAGAAUGUGGUUUCUUGGAACACUUUGUUAUCGAGGAAUGUUAGGUUGGGGAAGAUCGAGGCUGCAAAAGAGUUGUUUCAAGAGAUGCCUGAAAGGGAUGCUGUUUCUUGGAACUCCAUAAUUGCUGCUAAUGUUCAGGCCAAAGACUAUGAUGGGGCGUUAAAUCUCUUCCGUGAAAUGCAAGUGUCCAAAGUGGAAGCUACAGAAGUAACACUGAUAUCGAUUUUGGGUGCUUGUGCUGAAACAGGCGCAUUGGAUAUUGGUACAGAAAUCCAUGAAUCAUUGGUAAAAAAACGCUACAAGAUUGAAGGAUACCUUGGUAAUGCUCUGGUUGAUAUGUACGCAAAAUGUGGGAAGUUGAAUUCAGCUUGGGAAGUAUUCAAUGAGCUAAAAAUGAAACCUGUAAGCUGCUGGAAUGCUAUGAUUGUUGGUUUAGCCGUCCAUGGUGGCUCUGAGGAGGCUUUGGAACUAUUUUCGGAAAUGGAAAACAGACGUGAUGAAGUUAGGCCUAAUCGAGUUACAUUCAUUGGUGUUUUAAUUGCUUGCCGCCAUAAGGGUUUGGUGGAAGAAGGACGCCAGUAUUUUGACCGUAUGUUCCAACAGUAUAAUAUUAAGCCCGAUAUCAAGCAUUACGGUUGUAUGGUUGAUCUUCUAAGCCGAUGGGGAUUUCUAUAUGAAGCUUAUGAGAUGAUUAAAACCAGGUCUUGGGAAACAAGCUCGGUAAUGUGGAGAACUUUGCUCGGUGCUUGUAUGGUGCACAGAAACGUGGACUUAGCUGAGAAAUGCUUCCAGCAGCUUGCUGGGUUGGAGCCUCUUAAGGAUGCAGAUUAUGUUUUGCUAUCGAACAUUUACGCUGAAGCCGAAAGAUGGGAUGAUGUUGAGCGACUGAGAAAUGAAAUGGUUAGUUCCGGGGUUGUGAAGAUACUUGGCUACAGCCAUAUAGAGAAUGAGAUAUGAAAUGAACAAGAAAUGGAUUUUAGUAACUUUUUGGUAAGUUCCUUGGCCUUUACCUCUUUCACACCUACUUAGCAAUCUGUAAACUUGAUUUACUAUACUGUGAACACAAACGUUGAAAGGGAGAGAGAGAGAUGCUACUGCAGCCUGAUGUUUUGGCCAACAUACUGAACCAGUGUAUAGAAUCUAUAUAUCAGUGAGCAAUGAAGCUGCGGAGAUGGAAAAUGGCUGGAACAAGUGGAAUGAGAUUGAAGAGUAUGAUAAGCUUGGCAAGUUUUGGGAUAGUGACUAAAUAAAGAUAAGGGUGGACUUGAUACAAUGCAUGGAUUCUGUUUUAUUACGAUCAAGCUGGUCUCCUAAUUAAGAUGGAAUCAUAUAUGAUAUUUUAGUAGAAAAUCAAAUGUAAAAAUGUUUAUUCCUUUUCCUUUCUCUAGACAAUGCAAUUUGAGAUCGAAGAGGAUAUGCUUUGUUUAUGUAAAGUGUGAACCAAAUAAGGUAUACCUUUUAACAGUUGUUAUUCGAUUUAUAAAACCCCAAACAUUUAGGGUC